ACUGCCCCUUUUUUCUUUUUUGUCAUGCAAUUGGUUCAUACAUACAUUUUAUUACACGGAGGCUGUACAUGCAUGUAAAACAAAAAAAUAAAAAAAUAUAGAGUCUUUUCUAUCUUUACUAACUUCUUAUCGUUGGAUUCUAGAUGCAUUAUGCAAAUAUAAACGUUUUCUUUUCUUUUUCUUUUUGUUGGAUAUAGACAAAUACGCAUGCAUCGAGCCUUUAUUUGUUGUAAACUACGGCUUAUGUAUGCAUUUGCUUUCCUUUGUAUUCUAUUUGACUACUCUUUGCUUUAUCAGAAGCAGCUUUUGCAGCUUUGUCGGUUUCUACCUUUUCCUUAUUGUUGGAGGGUGGCUUGAUGGAUGGUUGGUCAUCGUCACUGUCUUUGUCUUGAGCCUCGAGUUGAAUAUCAUCAGGAAUCGCUUCUCCAUCAUAGUCACCAAUCUUUUCCCAGCUAUCGUUACUUUUAUUACUUUUGGUGUCGUUAUUCAUCUUGCGGCUCUUGUUUUUGUCAUUUUUGUCAUGGCUUUUAAAGACAGGAAGCUCACCAACGUCCAUCUUUAUUCAAAGGAUAGACGGUUUUAAGAAAAAGAGAAAAGCAAAAAAAAAAAAAAAAAGAAA